AUGGGUGCAUAUUCAAUGGGAGCACAUCAAGAUACUGAGUUUUUAACUAUCAGAACGUACAAAAGUGAACACAUUCAUCAUGCACAGGACAACUUAAUUGUACCUCACUCAGGAAGGUCAAAUUUAGCUGCUUCAAUUGUGAUUGAUGACUUGAGGUGCAAUGUUGACAAGAGUCCUAAUGAAAUCAGAAAGGACUUGUAUAAAGAAUAUGGAGUGCAAUUGAACUAUACUCAAGCAUAUAGGGUUAGGAAGAGAGCACUAAUGGAAUUACAUGGUCGAGUAAAAGAUUCUUAUAAGGUAAUCCCUUGGAUGUGUGAGAGACUCAUGGAAACUGAUCCUGACACAGUUGCAAGAUGGGAAGGCUCAGAUAGCAACCGAUUUGAGAGGCUAUUCAUUGCAUAUGGAUGCUCAAUUAAAGGCUUUGUGGAAGGUUGCAGACCAAUUAUUUAUAUAGAUGGAUGUCAUUUGAGUGGUCCUUACAAAGGAACUUUAUUAUCAGCUUGUGCAUUUAAUGCAAACAAUGAGUUGUUUCCUUUAGCAUAUGGUAUUGUUAGCUGGGAAACAAAUGAUGAAUGGACUUGGUAUCUACAAAAUCUGAAAGAGAUAACUAGAUCAGCACAAGUGACAAUUGUCUCAGAUCGGAGUAAUGCUAUUAUCGGUGCUGUCAAGACAGUAUUUGAUGGUGAUAGACAUGCUUUUUGCUAUCAACAUGUGAAAGAAAAUUAUAGUGCGCAGUAUGUGAAAAUCAAUAGAGGUGUGAGACGGACCUCAGAAAAUAACAAGGAGAAUGCACUUAAUUUACUUGAUGGAAUUGCAUAUGCAAGGCAUGAUAAUGAGUUUAAUGUUGCAAUGGGAAAUUUAAGAUUGUUUUGUCCUCAAUUGGCACAAUGGGUUGAAUCUCAUGGGGAUGUGGAUAGAUGGGCGCAAAAAAGGAAGCACGCCUUACCGGUUUUGAUACAAGAGCAUCAAGAGAAGUUGGCCAAGAAGAUGGUUGCUAGCAAAAUGGGGAUGAAAAGCUGGAAAAAUGGUGUAGGACCCAAUAUUGAAUCAAAGUUGUCGGAACAAAUAGCAAGAGGUGCGUAUAUGGAGGCAACAUAUUAUGGUGAUGACCAUAUUUCGGUGCAGACAAUACGUGAGGGACGCAUCAUCUAUGUUGCUGUUGAUCUGAUUUCUCACAGAUGCACAUGUUUGGCAUGGCAAAUGAGUGGAAUACCUUGUCCACAUGCUUGUGCAGUAAUCAAGCUAGUUCACCGUAGUGUGUAUGAUUAUGUAGAUGAUUGUUACAAAUUGUCCACACAGGAGAAAAUAUAUGCAAAUAGCAUGAGGCCAAUUGCAACACAUGAUUGCCCACAGCCUGAUGCACCUACUGUGAGUCAUAUGCUGACCCAAACAUUCUUGCAUCCACCGAUAACCAAAAGGCCUCCAGGAAGGCCAAGGAUUAAUAGGAUAGAAUCUCAGUUCCAAAAUAAGAAGGUUUAUCAUUGUGGAAGAUGCAAAGAGGCUGGACACACUGCCAAGACAUGCAAGAACCCAAAUCCCAACUGA